CGCCGUACUGCCCCUCCAUGGCGGCGUUCCGGCAGCGGAAGGCGCAGCGCCUGGCGCGGGCGGACGCCAGCAGGAAGGGCGGCCUGGACGAGCGCGCCGCCCCCGUCGUGCAGCUCCUCAACGGGCGAGCGCGGUUCUGCACCACCAGCUCCUGCUCGGGCCGCCUGGUCCUGGCGCAGGGCAGCGCCGCGGAUACAAACAGCUGUGAGAUCCAGAAGAAAAACUGCACGUGGCUUAUGGUAACACAUGAAACAUGUACCAAAGACGAUGUGAUGACAGCACUGGAGAAAGCCACUGGUGACGUCGUGCUCAAGUUUGAACCAUUUGUUCUUCAUGUGUUAUGUCAAGAGCUGCAAGAUGCACAGCUUCUGCAUUCAGUGGCUAUCGAUUCUGGUCUCAGGAACUCUGGUGUUACAGUUGGCAGAGGAGGAAAAAUUAUGAUGGCUGUCCGGAGCAGUCAUUGCUUAGAAGUUCCACUGAGCCACAAGGGGAAAUUGAUGGUCUCUGAAGAAUAUAUUGAAUUUCUGAUACAUGUAGCUAAUCGGAAAAUGGAAGAAAACACAAGGAGGAUUGACAGAUUCUACAAAUGCUUAGAGUUAGCUUUGAAAACUGCCAUCAGCGCAAACAACUCGCCUUCUGAGGAGACGGAGAAUCGCUCCGUGUACAUUCGCAGAAGAAAGAGGAAGACCAUUCAAGAACAAGGUGUACAUACCUCUCUGAAGGAUCACAAUGAAGAACUGGAGCCUGAGGAUGAUACAGAAAGCAGUCUUGCUAUUUUUGCUGAAAUCAUGAUAUAGACUAAGGCAUUUGAAAGCAAAUGGCAAACUGAAUAGUAAUUGUAAUGCUCUUUGUAAGAGAUAAAAAUACUGCUCUGUUCUAAGUAGUAACACUCUCAUGGACAUUUACCAGAAAAAAAGUAAUUAAACAGAAUUGUGAGCAGGCUUAAUGCCACAGAAGCACAGAGAACAAAACCUUAGAAUGUUUGGGGGGCUUUUUUUAACAGCACUGUUGAAUUAACAAUCUUUUACUCUGUCAGUUACCACAGAAAUAACUGGCUUGCUACAGUUCUCUAUGGAAGCAUUUCACUUCCAAAUGCUGGGUUUAGGCCUUCUGAUUUUUGCAGAGCAGAGAAACUCUCAAAACUGGGUUGUUAUCCUUGAAGGUUUUUAAUCCCUCUAGGAACUCCGCAAAACAGUGUGCACCAAUAUAGAUGGCCCUUUCAGAACAACAGAAAACCACAUAUUAGGCAGCUGAUGAACAGUACCUGGUGUGAAAGUUAGAAUAGAGAAGUAGAAGUUACAUACUGCUCUACGCCGGCUUCAGCUGCAUGCGUCCAGGAUUCUUCCUGACUCUUGUACUGGGCAGCAAAGUUGAUGCUGUUUUCUUGCGCUUUACUGUGUUUCAGGCUCCAGCCCCACUGUGUUCAUGUGUUCUGCUUCCCUUGGCCAGCGGCCAUUAAGUGUUAUUUUCCUUUGCAUCUUUUAGCCAACUCUGUAUUCUGGUAGUUCGUUAGCUCACUUACAUCUCAUUCUGUGUGGCCAGAACCCAGCUUCAGUUCCAGCUGGUGAGCAGGAGGGUCAACCAAAGUGUACAGUAACAGGCUUUCUUACCAGGCUAUGAACCACUGACAUGCAAUAAAUGUUAAAUAUAAAACUGCAAUAA